AUGUUUCUGGGCUGUGGAGGUUCAGAGAACCAGUUUACUUCACUACAGCAGUGUCAUGACGCCUGCGAGGUACCAUCGGUCAUCCAAAAGAUUCGGCAGAAUGCUGUGGACCUCUGCCGUUUACCACACACUGUGCCGUCACAGACACCAUCUGCUGUCUGCGUAGACGUCGGACAGCGCGUUUCGCGCUGGUUCUUUGAUGAGUCAGCAGGGCGCUGCCAGGAAUUUGGUUACAAUCAUUGUUCAGGCACUGCGAAUAACUUUUUGACAAGGUCGGAUUGUGAACAAUUCUGCGGAGGUAGUCCCCUCAGCAAUGAUGCCCUCUGCCAACUUCCACCCGAAGCCGGAGACUGUCAAGAUGCGCAUACCUUGUGGUUCCAUAACGCUACCGGCUGCCACCAGUUCGUCUACAGCGGCUGUGGCGGUAACGAAAACCGUUUCUCCUCAAGGAUGGAUUGUCUUCGGACCUGUCGUCAAGGCGAGCUGAUUGACAAUGAACUGCCUAAGCCCUGGCAGGAUAUGGAGAACAGCAGCUUGCCUGCGGAGAACAACGUGACGAGGGAGAACCCGUCAGCCCCCGCUGAAACCACCACUGAAGCCGCCACAACAACACCGGCACCCCCCAGCACCACGCCGACACCGAUCCUGGAGACCUUUACCACCCAUCCUCCGAUGGUCUACAAUUUGAAUGGGUUUACACCAAAGUCUGUAGGAGACCGACGUUGUGACAACGAUCCUAAACGGACCGGCUGCUAUACCCUGCCACUGCCAUCCGCUGGCGGCGGGAGAACGCCAGCAAGAGUGCUUUUCUUCUUCAGUGUUACCAGUGGCACCUGCAAGGCCUUCUACCUGAAGGCGGACGAUCGAAACUGCAAUGCCUCGGCCUAUUUCACGGACGGACAGGAGUGCAUGCAUUCCUGUCACAAGUCCUCGCCCAGCGAACAGGAUCUGCCAAACAGAUGUUUUGCUCGUAAAUUGUCCGGGCUCACAAAGUGCUCCGUGGAGCACCACAACCAAUCACGGUGGUCCUACCUACCGGAACUACAUCAGUGUGUACUCUUCUCAGAAUGUCACACCCAGGACGCCGCUCUCUCCUCCUGGGGCAACAAUUUUAAGACAAAGUCGCUCUGUGAAGCCACCUGUCUGCCCAAAACGCUGAAGGAUGUCUGUCGUUUGCCCAAGGACACUGGUCCCUGCGUCGGUACGCAUAUCCGUUACUUCUACGACCCCGUCGAACAGAAGUGCCAGCUCUUCAUAUAUGGCGGUUGCCUGGGCAAUGGAAACCGCUUCACUACCAAGGCAGAAUGUGAAGACGCCUGUGGUUCCCUGAAAAUGCGGUACGUGGAGGAGGGCGCCCGGCAGACAACAACGGGACCGCAGACGAAGCCCAGCGGAGAUUCAAAUACACCGCCUGUGCCGGCUGAGGUGUUUGAACAGAUGCGACGUAUCACCAGCAUGUACUCCGAAAGAUAUCCAUUUUACGCAGACAGACAUGUUAGUCUUGGAAACACAUUCUCUCCUGAACAGCCAACUUGGGCCAAGCAACAGUUAGGAUUGCUAGAAGUGUAG